AGAGUAAUGGGAAAGCCCGUAUUUUCCGACAUCAAUGGCGGCACACGUGUCGAUCGAAAAUGGUCUUGCUACAGAUUAAUGUAAGGCCUUUUAUUCACGCGUGCGUCAAUUUUCCCUCACUCCCUCCCUCGGAGCACUCUUCUUGACCAGAUAUCUUGCUUCUUACUCUUCCUCACAUUCUUUGAGAGCCAAAGCCGGAACCUUUGGGUGCCUCCCAUGUCCAAAGAGCCGCUGCUUCCAACCUCCGCUGUCGCCGGCGCCGGCGCCACCGUGCCACAGGCCUGGCGGCGAAGCCUUCCCUCUUCCAACUCCUGCCCGCCUCUCUGCCCUCUUCCUGAACACGACGAGGUUUCCAUCCCCCUCUCCCCUUCCACCAUCAAAGACCGCAUCAUCUUCGGCCCUUCCCCUUCCCCCACCGAUCCACUCUACGGAAAUCUAAACCUAAUCCCCUCAGCUUCCCCUCCUUCUUCCCCUUCCCCCUCCCCCCCUUCCCUCACCAUCUCUGAUUCCACCGCCGUCGUUAACGGCGACGUCGACGGCGCCUCCGAUGUGCGAUGGCCAGGCGAUCCCCUCUUCUGCAAAGAGGCUCGAAGUUACUUCCAUCGCGCCCGUACGGCCCCUGCCAUGUCCACCAUCGACAACCUCGCGAACGACCACGACACCCACCGCCAAUCUUCUGCUGACAGCCGUGAAUCGCCUAUUGUUCGAAACGCCUUCGUCCUCCUCACUGCAUACCUUGUUUUCGGCGUUCUGGUAUACUCCCUUAACCGUUCGGAUUUCGAAGCAUCAGAGACCCACCCGGUCGUUGACGCCCUCUAUUUCUGCAUCGUGACCAUGUGCACAAUUGGCUACGGUGACAUCACACCGUCCUCAACAACCUCCAAAAUAUUCUCCAUCGCAUUCGUUCUCAUUGGUUUCGGCUUCAUCGACAUCCUCCUCUCCGCGAUGAUAUCUUAUGUGCUUGACGUGCAGGAGCACCAUCUUCUCGAUGCUGCGAAGCAUCGAGCUCAUGGGAGUAAGUUAGACGCCCCAUCCUACGUCGUCGAUUUGAAGAAGGGGCGGAUGCGAAUCCGGCUCAAGGUUGGACUGGCGCUUGGAGUCGUCGUUCUCUGCAUUUGCGUCGGUGUGGCGUUCCUACGAUUGGUUGAGAAAUUGAGCUGGCUUGAUGCUUUUUACCUUUCAGUGAUGUCGGUGACCACCGUGGGGUAUGGAGAUAGGGCUUUUAAGACCAUGGGAGGGCGGAUGUUUGCCUCCAUAUGGCUGCUGGUGUCUACACUCGCGGUGGCGCGGGCUUUUCUCUAUCUGGUGGAGGCGAGGAUGGAUAAGCGGCACAGGGCGAUGGCUAAGUGGGUACUUGCGAGGAACUUGACUGUUUCAGAGUUUCUUGAGGCUGAUAUUGAUAACAAUGGCUUUGUGAGCAAGUCUGAGUUCGUUGUGUACAAGCUCAAGGAGAUGGGGAAGGUUGCAGAGAAGGAUAUCCUGCAGAUCUGCGACCAAUUUGACAAGCUAGACAAUGGAAAUUGUGGGAAGAUUACACUUUUUGAUCUCAUCGAGAACAAUAAAACGUGUAAUUCCUUGAGCCAGGACAUAAAGAGAUAGCCAAAUUCUUCACAUCUUUUCAAAAAUGUUGCAGAGAAUAUAGUCUGCACAUUUUUGUCUUAGAUUCUUUCAAUUUCUGUACUUAUUUUGUGAAUAGUCUGGACGAUAAUCAUUAAGGAUGGAUGGAAACAAUAUGGAAGGCCAAGGGCUUAAUAGCAUAAAUUUUUUUUUUU